UGAACUAGUAACUCAAGGAUUGCUGAUCGUGUGGCUUCAAACCCGACAGGGGCAAGGCGUUGUUUCCUUCAGCAAGAAACUUUACACUCAUUACUCAGUACUGGUCACAUUGAUGUUCCCGGGUAUUUUGAUAUGUCUUUCGUUUGUAUUAUGCGAAGCAGGAAACCGCCCACCACACAUACAUACACAACCGAGCAUCAAAGAUAUAUACUUCAAACCUGGCGAAACGAUUGAGAUCGAAUGUGUAGCCGACGGCACUCCUAUACCUAAGUAUAUAUGGAAACGAAACAGUGAAGUUUUCAACCCAAGCGGGCAAGAUGACCGAGUUGUACAAUUACCUGGUCAAGGUACACUCGUUUUUAACAACCCAGAAUCUAAAGACGAGGGAAUCUUUCAAUGUUUUGCCGACAAUGGAUAUGGUGUAUCGGCGUCGGUGAAAGUGAACUUAAAGGAAGCAGUUCUGAAGAAAUUCUUAUAUUUACCAAAGAUGACCCAUCGAGUGCAGGCAGGGAAUUAUCUGACUCUUCCUUGCACACCACCUCAGAGCAAUCCUCCAGCCGAUGUAUACUGGGUGUUAAGAUCUCAAAAUGGAAGAUGGGAGGCUGUUAACUUUGAUAAGAGAGUGUCCAUGGACUUUGAGGGAAGGUUACGAUUCACGAACGCAAAGAAAAUAGACGAGGCAGCUGGAAGAACAUACUGUUGUAUGGCCAGUAAUUAUCUAAUGCGAGAUAAUGCCAUUGGUCCCGAACAUGAAGUAUAUGUUACAGGAGUGACUGAACACAAACGAGGAGCUCACGAAUUAUGGACGUCACCAAGCGACCAGUUCUUUCUUCGAGGACAAACUCUGCGACUGAAAUGUAUUUUUGCUGGCAGUCCUACACCUGAAGUAUACUGGGAGAGAAUUGACGCACCUUUAUCAGACAGAACAAGAAUCAAAAGUUUCGGACAGGAAUUACGUAUCACCGAUCUCGAGUAUUAUGAUGCAGGAAUGUACCAAUGUAUGGGUUUGAACUCCCAGUCUACACAACGAGCAACAAAAGCAUUUAUUGUUAGGAUAGAAUCUUCGCCAUAUUGGAAGGACAAACCAGUUGAUAUAAAAGCUGGAGUAGGCGCUAAAGCAACGUUUAUCUGUCGGGCGGCGGGCACCCCGACACCGGAUUAUACUUGGUUCAUUAAUGGUGUCCCUCUAGAGGAUGGACAGAACUCUCUGGGGGUGCGAGAUCCACGGAUCUACAAUAAUCCAAGGUUUUUCAAAGCAAACACGAACAAUAUAACAUUGACCAAUCUCACACUUGAUGAUCAUAUGAACAUACAGUGUAACGCCAGUAACAAACAUGGCUAUGUCUUCUCUGAUGUAUAUCUAAACGUCUUGGCUGAGAAACCAACAAUAGUAAAGUUACCUCCUGCACUAAAGAAGGUCACAGAAGGUCAGUCAGUGGUGUUGGAUUGCCUGGUAACUGGUAAACCAGAUCCUAUUGUUUCAUGGUAUAAAGGCACAAGUCUGAUCACUGGUGGACGUUUUAAGAUAAUGGCUAAUGGCAAUUUGCUAAUUUCUGAAGUGGUUAUGGCAGACGCUGGGGAUUAUCGUUGUAAUGCCAGCAAUAUAUACGGAUCAUCCAUGUCAUCAACCUGCAAAACUCAAAUUAGAAGUAAAACACGUAUCACACAGUUUCCGAUGGACCUAGAGGUGGUAGCCGGUUACGAGGCGAAGUUUACAUGUGCCGGGUCUACAGACUUUGACGAGGCAAGACAUAUGCAAAUCUAUUGGGAGAAAGACGAUAAGAGACUAACCGUAGACCAUCAAAGAGUGUCACAAAAUCUUAAUGACAAUUCUUUGACGAUAUCCGGGACGGUUGUUAGGGAUUCGGGAGUUUAUACAUGCAUUAUAACAAACGGUUUGGAUGAAGAUAGAGCGUAUGCUAUAUUAACUGUUAAAGGUCGACCUGACCCUCCAUCAUCUGUUGAGAUUGAAAGAUGUCGUGAUGAUUCAGCAACUAUUCAGUGGAUCAAGGGUAUAGAAAAUAACGCACCAGUUCAAUAUUUCAUUAUCCAAUACAAUACAUCGUUCUAUCCAGAUCAAUGGGUGUCUGCAAAGUCAGUGGACUACACACAAAGUACUGUAACCAUUGACCUUCAGCAUUGGGCCAACUACACAUUCAGAGUGAUUGCAACUAACAAAAUUGGAACUGGAUUACCUAGUCAACAUACACACACAUUUUGUCGCACUAACCCUGAUCGUCCGAGAAAAAAUCCACGAAAUCUACGUUCAAUUGGGGACACAAGGAAAACGCUUAAAUUGCAAUGGACGCCCAUGAAUGAAUUUGAACACAAUGGACCCGGAUUCAAAUACCAGUUAACCGUCAGGAGAAUAGGGGGCUCUAAAUAUGAUACAUACAGUAUAAGUAAUUGGAGAAACAGUUUUAUUGAAAUACAGAUUAAUGAAACCGCCUACACACCAUAUAAUGUGAGGCUUUAUGCAAGAAACAGCCUUGGUGAUGCGAAAGAAAACGCUGUGGAAAAGAUCAUGUAUUCAUUUGAAGAUAUACCAAAGGUACGUCCCUUUGAGGUCAAAGUUAAUAAAGUUGGGGAUACCUUUGCACGAGUUUCUUGGCGGUGGAAUUCAACAUGGUUACACGAUGACGGAAAGAAAAAAGAAAUCAGGGGUGAAAUGAAAGGUUUUAAGGUUCAGUAUUGGCGAACAGAUGCAAAGACAAGCUCUUUCUAUGAGCAUGAAGUUUUAGUUGAGAACAUUAAACCGCCGAGUUUUUCAAAGAAUGGCCAGACAAUUUUGACAGAAGUUGUUGUACACAAGCUAUACCCUUAUAGCAAUAUGACACUUCAAGUCCGUGUCAUCAAUAACUAUUAUGCCGGACCACCGAGCCAACAAGCUUUCUUCCAAACGUUUGAAGGAGUUCCCGGACAAGUGCAAUGGCUUACAGCGAAAGUAAGGAGCAGCAAUUCCAUAACUUUAACUUGGAAAAAGCCGACACAAGAGGAUUGCAAUGGUGUUUUGAUGGGAUACGAAGUUGGCUACCAGACAGUGGAUGGACUCAUUCUUGGGAUUCUUCAAGACAGUGUUCUGUUUAUUAAGAAUCCAGAUAUCGAACGUGCAAUUCUUGGUGGACUUUCGCCGGCUCAAAAGUACAGAGUAUAUGUGUUUGCUCGAACAAGUCGAGGGAGAGGGGAGGCAUCAUUUGUUGAGGUGUCGACAUCAUUAGAAUUGUUAACAACACCGCCUGUCUUCAAUGUAUUUGAUAUAAAAAAGUCAACUGUAAAUAUUAGUUGGGCCACUGAAGAAGCAUCCUUUCAGCAUGCAGUACAUUAUGUAGAGUUUAGAAAAGAAGGCGCUUCGGCUUGGUACAGAACAAUGGACGAAGUGCAAAGGAGUUAUUCUUUGGUAACUGACCUCGAGGCUGGAACAAACUAUGAGAUACGGGUCGUCAUUUUUAAAGGACGGCAUCGUUACUAUAGUAACAGCAAGACAAUAGCAACAACUGCUUUUUCCUACCCACGUUCCAUUGCUGUAAAUUAUGUUUGGUUUAUACUAAUGUUGACGUCAGGUAUUGUAACAAUUGCUGUUUCCAUAUUGAUAUUCAUGAUAUACAAACAAAGAAGGAAUGUCAAAGGCAUGCCAAGAUACAAAAGAGGCAUUGUUAUAAUGGACAGUAUAUACAAACGGCGUUUCAUUGACAAAGCUGAUGAAGAUGAUAAAGGUGAUAGACCUCUUGUUAAAGAUCAAUCAGAAACCAGCCACGGUGCAAAGCAAGGACAUUUUGUUAAAGAGAUACGUUUCAAUCGAGGAGGUGCUUAUGAACGUGUAAGAGAUGACAAUAAAUAUGUAAGAUGUAUAGAUAAGACAGAUAUUAGUGAUGAGGAAAAUAAAUCCAGCAAUAGAAGAAGCACUAUGUACAGCAGUGGUGAGAGUAAUAGUAAAAUUGACUCAAUCAGUGAUGACUAUAGCAAAGACAGUGACAAUGAUUACUCUGAUAGCGAUAAUAAUUUAAAUGGAAGUGAUCAAUAUUUUGUAGAUAGCCUAAACUAUAAACAACCGUCUAUUAAUUUAGACUCCAGUACAGAUGAUAACACUUCAUCCACAGAUGUCAGGAAAGGAAAAACGAUAAAAGUUAAGUCUGGAGAAACAGAUGGAGACUCUGAUAUGGAUUUUGCUGAUGAUGACGAGGAUGGUAUUGAUGAAGAGUGCAAAGAUAAACAUGAUAGACACAAUUUGAUACAAUAUGGUAGAAGACGGGAACAGGGUUUAUUUCGUGAGAACAUAAAAUCACAGAAAUCUACGAAAAGGAAACUUUUGAAUGAUUUAACAAAUAGUUCAAAUGGAAGACAUGGUCAACCACGAUAUAUCAAAAAGAAAUAUGCAUAUAACAGCAAACCGUCAUAGAUGUGUUUGGCAUAAUGGCAUAUGUAUUCUAUCAGAACUCCACACUGAUAAAUAUGUCACGAUAAAGUUAGAGGUAAACAACGUUCGUUUACAUGCCAUAAAGACAAACUUCUAGACAGUUGUUUUGUCUUUAAUAGCAUACCAACAUACGAAUAUUGGAGACAUUCUGGUGGUGAACGAAGAAGAAUGUCUGCGAUGACUGGACUGACUUUUGUAGGAAACAAACUAUACGAUAUAUAUAUAUAUACAUACACACACAACAUCUGUUCUUUACUUGAGAUUAAACUUGUUUGCAAUUUCUCUUUCUGCGUAUAUACAUAUACGGUUCCAUAUACCAGGUUCAUAAUCUGAAAUUUACUAGUGCUUGUACCUUUAGGCGAUCAAGAGUGUUUCCUUUUGUAUAUGUGUAAUACCAUACGGUAAUGAGGAAUGUCGAUUUAGCUUCUACAUUUUCAAGAUACCAACUUGAGAUUAUAUUAGAUAAAAAAGUACUAUAAAAUUGAGACAUUGAAGUAAAUUAUCUACAGUGUUUAAGAAAGACAGCAGUAAUUUGUACAUGGAAAUUUCAUUCAUUUUCAUAGUAAAAAUCGACAUAUAUUUAGAAUAUAUUAAACUAUAUUAAAUGUAUGGGAAAGGAUAUGUGUCGUUUUCACUUUUCUUUGGUUUUUUUUUUUCAAUUACUGUUGUUAUUUUGUUUAACAAAGUAGAUAAAAAAUUUAUAAGGUAAUCAAAGUAUAUUAAACUACAUAUUUCAAGUAUGUGUUUUUUUUUGCUUUUAUUCAAUCGAUACAAGACAUGUCUGCUUUUGUAAUAAAUAAACUUGUAGCACAAUGUUACGUUAUGAUAAAAAAAGUCCAAAAAUGGCCAUAUCUAUAAAACCCUAAUCGCCUUAUAGCAAUAAUGACCUUCAUAAACCUAGUGGGCCUGAUUUCAGACAUAACGUGGCAAUUGUUUUAGAAAAAGCCUUCAUUAUCAUGAAAGUACCAUUAUUUUGUUUACGUACAUUGUUUACUUAUACUUGUUUUGAACAUUCAUUCCACAAAAAAAUAACAUGUUAAGCAAGGUUGAUUAUGGGGUAAGAAAAUAAGCAUGCGUAACAAAACAUUUCAAUUAAAUUUGUGACAGUUAUUUGCAUUAAUUGCAUUGGUCCGUUUUGAAAUUAUAAAAAAACAUCGGUGAUAUUAUGGCUCCUUAAUACAAAAAAGGAGUUUGAAGGCAUUAAAAUUCGAACUUAUUUUUUUCGAUGCAUUUCAUUAAUCCAUGGAUAUGUUCAGCAACAUAUUUACUGAUUAUGUUAAAAGUUUUUAAAAUAUUUAGUUUGUUUUAAACAUGAAAAAACCUGGUAUAUUAAGACAUUCAUAUUUACUAACGUGUUUAAAGUAAUUAUAGAAUGUCUUUCUUUAAGACCUUUAUCCGGAAACCAUUGAGUUACGAAAUAUAUAUUAAAGAACAUUUUAUAGUAUUUGUGUAUUGUUUAUCACGUAGCAUGUUUGCUCAAUUAAUCAACGUGGUAAAAGAUUCAUUGCGAGAUUAAGUCGAAUUAAUUCUUUCGUCUAAUACAAUGUACAAUUGAUUGGCUCAAAACGAAUUACUUUCACUUCUUUUCUUGUUGGCAUGUUGCAUAAUCGUUCAAUCACCGGCUAUUUAUCAAAAUAAUGGCGGAAAAAUCAAGUGUACGAUAUUUACUUGUCAUCUGUAAGUCGCCAUACUGCAUUUGACGUGAUUAAAUCUAAUCAACUGAAAAUUUGCGAUGUUGUCGUAGUAUAUGCGUGGUAGUAAAUCAUGAUUAAUUGUUAUCCAUAAAAAUA